UUCGAAUCAACCUCAUACAUUGUAUCUUCCUAAUGACAUUUCCUGAGCUUGCGCGCUCAGCGCACGACAACGUACGCUAUCUUCAGGACUCGAAAUUCAUUAAGGAGAAACGGACACAUCUGUCAAACACCUGCCCUCUUGGCUACAAUCUUCCCACCCCCAACCAAGGGCCAUGAUGCCUUUCAUCAUCCACCAAGGCAAGUGAUGCUGGAUGCAUUCACUUUCCCUAUCCGCGAGAAUGAUGCAAUUUGGUUACUAUACAAGUGGCUGGAGCACGACUAUCCAACCGGUGGUACAUUCAAUACAACAAAACCAGAGCAGUUGCCUGAUCUUGCACAGGACGCAUUGCUUGUGCGGUUCCCUGCAUUCUUGAGGCCUUAUUCAAGAUUCCCUUAUUAUCGUUUGUGGAUGUCAUGGUUGGAGAACUUUGGAAGGUUCGGAAAAAACAUUUAUGUAAACCUCAGAUUCCUCAGAGAUUGUGCCGAAAAGUCUGCCAAAAAGUACGACCAGAGUCGGGUACAGCAACGUUACAGAAUCUUCACAUUUGGGCCCCCCAAGUAGUAUAGUAUACGAGCGCUUUGGCUUUUGUUAAGGGUUGAUCUUUGCGUGGCGUUCUUGGGCCAUCGCCUGAUCAGAAAGAAUCAGUCAAAUCAGUUGCAGUGAUGCAGUAGUCUUUAGCAUAGGAAUUUAGCCAAGAAUCCUGUAUAUAAAGAAUGUAUUCAACAGAGCAAACCAAUUUCCAU